AUGAUCUAAAAGAGAAAUUCAUUGAAUAUAAUAGAGUUGCCAACUAGACUUUCUUCUGGUUGUAUAAACUAAGUAUAGAAUAAUAUAAUUUGAUAGGAUGCACCAUCUCCAAUAAAAUUAAUUAGGAAACUGACAAGACAAGCAUCUACAAUCAAUGGAUCAUCUACUAAAAUAAAGACUUGCACUGCUAUUGUUCCUAAUAAAACUUAGGAUGUUAUCUAAUAAUGUAUAUCAAUUGUUGAAUAAAUUCGACAAUAAUAUCAAGAAAGAUAGGGUAGUAGAUUUUUUCAUAUUCGUUCAUGUUCUAUGCCUUGUGAUAGAGUUUCUAUUAUCAAUUAAUUGAUUGAUACUAUAUUACCUUAAUCUCCAAGAAAACAACAAAGAUCAUUUGAGUAAGAUCACAUAAUUAUAUUUAAUAAGGGGAGAAAUUCAAUCUGUGAUGAAUCAAUUAAUAGAAGAGAAACAAUAUAAAUAAAAAGCAAUUGAUUAGAGAGAUAGUUUGACUAAAAGAUAAGAUUAUUCUAUAUAAUAACUAGUAAGUUUUUAUAUAUAUUAAAAGAAAUCUCGAAUUGAUCAAUAUAAAAAGUUGAAUUGA